GAAAGCGCAGCAGUCGUGACGUGUGAGGCGGAGUCAGCGGAGCCACUCGGACGGGCGAUAUCUGGCAAGCAGUGACUAGCGAACUUUCGGCAGUAGCUUUCCUGUUUCACUCGGCGUUCAACGUUUCGCACGUUUAACUGCAGCCAUGGCCACGCCGACGAAAACCUACACGCUAGCCGAAAUCGAGAAGCACAACGAAAAGUAUUCGGCAUGGUUACUAAUCCACAACGCAGUGUACGACGUGACGAAAUUCAUGGAAGAGCACCCAGGCGGUGAAGAAGUUCUUUUGGAGCAGGCUGGAAAGCAUGCAACUGAAGCAUUUGAAGAUGUUGGACAUUCCACAGAUGCCAGAGAGUUGAUGAAACAGUACAAGAUUGGCGAUCUUUGUGAGGAGGACCAGAAGAAAAUUGGUCAGGUUGCUAAGAAAACUCAGUGGGCAGCUUCCACCUCCAACGAAAGCUCCUGGAUGAGCUGGCUGAUUCCUGUAGGCGUGGCAGCUGCUGCCUCCAUUUUGUACCGACUUUUCCUGUCCUACGGCGCUCAUCAGUGAAACCUCUGUGUGGCUGUGAGGGCGAACUGACCAGGUGGCCGGGAGGCAACAAAAAAGCUUAUUGUCAGCGGCAUUUGCUUUCUUCACUAUUGGGGCCAGCAUGUAAUCGAGAUACCAUGUUAACAUUUUUUGGUACUGUACAAUUUAUUGUUGUAAGCCUUGGUGAAAAAUAUACGCCUUUGCAAGCA